AUGGCCUUACCAGCCCCUGGAUCCCAUUCCUCCUAUUCCGAGGGCUCCCAUCACAGUGGGGGCGGAUUCGCAGCUCAGUCUUCCUCAUACAGAGAAGGUCACAGCAGUAGUCAAAGUGGAGCUUAUCAUGAAUCUGGCAGUCAUUCUGCUGGAUACAGUUCUCACGGACAUGGUGGCCACAGUGAAGGAGCUGGUUUCCAUGAAGCAUCUAGUUCUCAUGGAUCAGAUGGCUCUUCUCACUUCUCAGGAGGAUCAGCUUAUUCUUCCGGCAGUGAAAGCUCUGGACAUCACUCUGCAGGAGGCGGCUCUCAAUUUUCUUCAAGUAGUUCUGGAGCCUCAAGUCAUGGACAUAGGUCUGGACAUCAUGAAUCUGGAGGAUUUUCUGAAAGCUCAUCGGCACAUCAAGCCAGUAGCGCAAGUUCUCACGGGUCUGGGGGAUCGUCUCAAUUCUCUGAAAGCAGUUUUGGAGGAUCAGCUCAUAGUGCAAGUUCAGAUUUUGGCGCCAAAAGCCAUGGACAAAGUUCGGGACAUCACGCAAGUGGAGGUCAUGCCUCAGAACACCAUUCCAGCGGAGGUCAUAGCUCAGGCCAUCACUCCAGCGGAGGUCAUAGCUCAGGCCAUCACUCCAGCGGAGGUCAUAGCUCAGGCCAUCACUCCAGCGGAGGUCAUAGCUCAGGCCAUCACUCCAGCGGAGGUCAUAGCUCAGGCCAUCACUCCAGCGGGGGUCAUAGUUCAGGUCAUCACUCCAGUGGAGGCCACAAUGCAGGACAUCACUCCGGUGGAGGACAUAGUUCAUCAUCCCACCAUUCGUCCAGAAGCUCAAGUUCAAAGAGCUUCCAGGAGAGCAGUCAAUCUGAUAGUAGCAGUUCCUCAAGCAGUUCUUUCCACUCAGUUCACCGACGAGAUGCCCCAUACCCACCAGAAGUUCCUCAUUCAACCUAUGGAGUCCCUACUACAACCCAACCCCCUCCACCAACCCAGGCACCACCUGAGAAACCCCAUGAAGAAUAUGGACCACCAAAAGUCCUAUCUAUUCCACGUGCCCCAGAAAUUCCUAAACUUCCUGAUUUGAAGCAUUUUGACUUUGGUCCCAAGGACACAGACCUUCUUGAUGAUUCAACCUACAGACCACCAGUUGCACCUGAACUUCCUAAACUUCCUGAAUUGCCCAAGCUACCAGUCUUGCCAACUUUGCCUACACUCCCACAACAAUUCGAUGAGGUUGAUAACGAUGAAGACGAUUCUAGCUCAGAGUCUAAAGAAACACCUGCUGACACUUAUGGGGUUCCUAAGAGACCUGCUAUCAUUCAGCCAGAAACUCCUCCCCAUUUGCCCACAUCAAUCCUGCCACCACAGCCAGAAGUUCCAAAAGGUGGAUCUUACCCACCUGAGGUCCCAAAUACUGUUCCCGAAGUGCCCCAUCAGGAGUACGGAGUCCCACCUGUACCCACUCAACCAGUUCCUCCACCACCAUCCUUGCCGCCUCUUCCUGAACUUCCUGAAGUAGUUGUUCCACACUUCCCACCUGCUCCACCAGAACCAACUGCCCCCUAUCCUCCUGAGGUUCCAACUGGACCCUACCCUCCUGAGGUUCCAACUGGCCCCUACCCUCCUGAGGUCCCAACUGGACCCUAUCCACCUGAAGUGCCACAUAAGGAAUACGGACCACCUAAACACACCCCUACAGUAGCUCUCCCUCCGCCUCCUCCACCACCAGCUCUACCACCCCUUCCUGAGCUUCCCGAAGUCGUAAUUCAUCAUUUCCCGCCAGCACCUCCAGAACCACCGGUCGGACCCUACCCACCCGAGGUUCCCCAUCAAACUUAUGGACCACCACCACCGCCUCCAGCUCCUGAACCAACAGGACCUUACCCUCCUGAGGUGCCACAUGUAGAAUACGGCCUACCACCUCCCGCUCCGGAACCUACUGGUCCAUAUCCUCCAGAAGUACCCCAUUCAGAGUACGGACCACCUAAACAAUUUAUUCCAGUUGAGAGGAUACCUCUUCCACCACCACUGCCUGUCCUGCCUGAAUUGCCUCCCGUGGUAAUCCCUCACUUCCCACCCCCACCGCCUGAGGUCUACUAUGCACCAGAGAUGCCCCAUAGUGAAUACGGAGUGCCGCAAAAAACUGUCCAUUUGGAACCUGUACCUCUGCCUCCACCAUUGCCUGCCCUCCCUGAAAUCCCCAAUACCAUUCUGCCCUACGUCCCAAAAGAGUAUCCCUAUCCACCAGAGAGGCCUCAUGAGGAGUACGGCCCACCUAAACCUCCAGCAGGACCCUACCCACCUGAAGGACCUGCCACACACUAUGGAGAACCAUUAUUUCACGCCACGCCAUUUAGGAUAAGUGUUGAAAAAGCUCCCCCGGGAGGCUACAAUUUCGUAGAGAUUGGAGGUCAAACUGUGGUACGCGAUGGGAAGCUGUUGAUCGAGAAGGGCUCCUUCAACUACGUGGACUCCCAAGGAUAUCCAGUCCUCAUAAACUAUUCUUCAGAUUAG